AUGGCGACAAUACGCGAAGAGAAGACUCUGUCUGACCUCCCGAACGGGCACAUGCGCAACCAACACGAAUACUCGUACCGCCUCCCCACAGCCCCCCGCAUUGUGGUUCCCCCUCCCACGCUCACGACCGACAUGCCAGGCUUGUCUCUUGGUGGCACACCUGGAGGGGAUGUAGACAUGAGCUUCUUGAACGAGUUGGACCUCGAGGACAUCAUACAGAAGAACACGCUGCUAGAGUGGGCAUACGAGCGGCGGAGACAGGCACAAAUGAUACUGCCGUGGGUCUAUCUUGGUCCUAUGGUGGCAGCCAGGGACAAAGCUUUUCUAGAGCGAGAGGGCAUCACCAUGGUACUAGCUGUUCGUGCCCAGGCCAACAGCAUGUCGGGCGCCAUGCAAGCUGCUACCCAGGUAUGCAUGGAGGUGGGCAGCAUCGAGUCUCCCAGCUUCUACAGCCUCACGCCCAGGUUCCCGGACGCGACGAGCAUGAUCAACUCGCACAUCGCACGGGUACGACAACACAGCUUGGAGACAACAGGGCAGGCCACUCUCGGCAAAGUGUUAGUCUUCUGCGAGUCUGGCAAUGAGAAGUCAGCUGCCGUGGUCGCAGCCUAUCUGAUGCAGACGCUCAACAACAUCGAUUACAUCAAGGCUAUGCAGGUCUGUCAAGCGCAGCGCUUCUGCGUUAAUUUCGACGACGUCUUGAAGAACAUCCUGCGCUCCUACUGGGAUAUUCUCCUUGCCCGACGCUCCAUCGCCGCCUCUUACGCGCAAACGCCACACCAAAAUGGUCUUAGUAACGGCUCUGCCCAGCCUGCAUCACUGUCCCUUUCCUUCGCGUCAAGCAAGCAAAAGCGAGGCAUUGAAGACACAAGGGACGGCGACGACGAUACGAACAUGGAAGACGGCAUGGAUGCGUCGGAUGUGCUCCGUUUUACGGGGCGCGACGUUACUCCUUUCCAAGACCGGUAG